GGCGCUCGGAGAGGCCCCAGUCCGCUGCUGCCUCCAGGAUCAUUGGCAUCAGCCUCCAGGAAGCUCAGCAGAUCCUCAACGUCUCGAACCUCAACCCGGAGGAGAUCCAGAAGAACUACGACCACUUAUUCAAGGUGAACGACAAGUCGGUGGGAGGCUCCUUCUACCUCCAGUCCAAG